AUGGGCCGCGAUGCCCGCAGAGAGAAGGAGAACAUAGCCGACUUUGUGGCGAAGAAGCGCGAAAUGUUCUUGGUUCAGAUGAGCCUAGAUGUCAAGAAAGCUGAGAUUCUGAAGCUGGAUGCCAGAGCCAAAGACAAGGAGGAGGCCUUGAACAAGUCCAAGCAAAUGCUUGACAAGGACGUAGAAAGGUUUGAUACCUUCCUUAGCACCAACGACUCAAAGGCUCAUGCGGCCAUGAAAAAUGCUGAUGAGACUGCCAAGCAAAAGCAAGAGCGGGUGGGCCGAAUCAAGUCACUGAAGUCACAACUGAGCGCCAUCCAGAGCGAGAUCGCCAAACAUCGAGAGCAGAAAGAUGAAUGUUUGAGGUUCAAAGACUUCCUUGUCAAUCUCACGCCGGGCGAGUGGAAGGAGCAGAAGCGAGAGGAAAAGAAGCAACGCAAGCACGAGCGACGGCGCAUCGCGGUGGAUGCCAGGAUGGAGGAUAUUGAAGAGAAAAUGCAGGCAGAAAUCGAAGCCGAAGAGCAGGCUUUCAAGGAAAAAGAGGAAAAGGAGAAGAAAGGUCGCCGUCGCCAAAAAAAGACGGAGGAAGACGAGCAGAAGGAGAGAGAGGCUGAAGCACGCCGGAAGAGGAUUGCCAGAAAGUAUCCAACCAGAGACCAGGUUGACAUGGAGUAUGUCGAGUACUCGAGCGGUGAAGAAAUGCCGUUGUACUUUCAAGAGCCCAAGCAGCUCCUCGACAUUUUCACAUCACUCGAGGAGUCCAACCUCUUUCUCAUUCAGAACUCGCAGGACACAGAGCAGGCCCUGGAGGAGCUGGAUCAAAAGUUUGCAGCCAUGCGAAAAACGCGAGAGGCCAUGAGCAACAAGAUGAAGCUCCAGAUCGGGCAACUGGAGCGUCAAAUCACCGACGAGAAAAGCAAAUGUGACGAGCUGAAGCAGGCGAUAUCGCAGAAGCACGGCGGUUCCGAAAUUGAGGACCUGCUGGAGAAGCUCGGGGAAGGCGUCCAGGAAGUGCACAGCAUAUGCACCCACGAGAACCAGGACGACGGUGACACGUUGCAAAUGUUGGCUCGUAUUGAGUCCAAGCUGGAGGAGUACUUAGCCUAUCUAGAUGAGGCAGAGGAAUCAGGGCUUGGAGCUCGGGUCUUGGCAGAGGAGCAUAAGAAGGAGCGGCAGAGAAGAUUAGACCUGCGCAUGAGUCGCAAAUUGCAUCAAGAGAAGAAGAUUGAGGAUCGGCUUAAGGCGUCGCUGCAUCGAUCCCAAGCUCCCGUACACAAAAAGGUUGGCAAGCAGAUCAUGUUCCGCUCGGCCCCGCUCUUCCAAGCACGACGUGUCGUGCAAGAGGAUGACGGUUACGAGGAGGCAGUGCGUGAGCACAACAUUUUCGGAAUCUGGCUGGACAAAGAGGGAGUGCCGAACGCGCAGCAACCAGAGAAGGCAGAAACAUGA